AUGGACCCAGCCAUGCUCGAUGGGUUCCCGGAGGAAGACAAGGCGAAGAUGAUGGGCAUGAUCGAAGCGAUGCAGACGCGAGACAGCCUGAAGAUGUAUAACAACUUGGUGGAGCGGUGCUUCUCGACGUGCGUGCAGUCGUUUCGGAGGAAAACGCUGGAGAAGGACGAAGAGCGAUGCGUGUCGAAGUGCUGCGAAAAGUUCCUGAAGCACUCGGCGCGAACGUCGGUGCGGUUCGCGGAAUUAAACGCGCAAUCGAUGCAACAAAUGGGCGGGCCGCCGCAGUAG